GCCAGCUUUUCCAUCCGGAGCAACUCAUCUCCGGAAAGGAAGAUGCUGCAAACAAUUUCGCUCGCGGACACUACACGAUCGGAAAAGAGAUCGUUGACCUGGUUCUGGACCGAAUCCGCAAGCUCGCAGACAACUGCACAGGACUCCAGGGCUUCUGCGUGUACAACGCAUGCGGAGGUGGAACUGGAUCCGGUCUCGGCUGCCUGAUGCUGGAGAGGCUGUCUGUGGACUAUGGAAAGAAGAGCAAGAUCUCCUUCACGGUCUGGUGCUGCCCGCAAGUUGCUACUGCGGUCGUCGAGCCUUACAACACAGUCCUCUGCGUGCACUCCCUCCUCGAGCACACAGACGUGACGAUCAUGUACGACAAUGAAGCGUUGUACGACAUUUGCCGCAGGAAUCUCGACAUUGAGCGCCCGACCUACACCAACCUCAACCGUCUCAUUGCGCAGAUCAUCUCAAGCUUGACAGCAUCGCUUCGCUUCGACGGAGCCCUGAACGUGGAUAUCACGGAGUUCCAGACCAACCUCGUCCCAUACCCCCGUAUCCACUUCAUGUUGACCUCCUAUGCUCCGGUCAUCUCUGCGGAGAAGGCCUACCAUGAGCAGCUGUCCGUGGCUGAGAUCACCAUGUCUGUCUUCGAGCCGGCAUCCAUGAUGGUCAAAUGCGAUCCACGACAUGGCAAGUACAUGGCCUGCUGCAUGAUGUACCGCGGUGACGUGGUGCCGAAGGAUGUGAACGCCGCCGUGGCCACCAUCAAGACCAAGCGCACCAUCCAGUUCGUUGACUGGUGUCCUACGGGCUUCAAGUGCGGCAUCAACUACCAGCCACCGACCGUGGUGCCCGGCGGUGACCUGGCCAAGGUCAUGCGAGCUUGCUGCAUGAUCUCGAACAGCACAGCCAUUGCCGAAGUCUUCUCCCGAAUCGACCACAAGUUUGACCUCAUGUACUCCAAGCGUGCCUUCGUCCACCACUACGUCGGCGAGGGCAUGGAGGAGGGAGAGUUCUCUGAGGCUCGAGAGGAUUUGGCGGCCUUGGAGAAGGACUACGAGGAGGUCGGCAUCGAAACAGCGGAAGGUGAGGGAGAGGAAGAGGGCUAUGGCGACGAGUUCUGA